AAUUUUCGUAGCCAUCUUACGGCACUGCACUUUCAUCAGUCUCAUUUUCUCUUUAUCCAUUCUUGUUCUGCCGGGAACAUUACAUUACAAACCCAUAAGGUCAUUGAGGAACGGAAUUCUUUCGACAAAAUCAAUCGAUAUCCUACAACUGAAGCAAAAUGUUCCACGGAAAUAAUUUUGGAUUUUUUCGGCCACCCAGAGCAGAAGGUCAAGAACAAUAUGGCGGUCAACGAGUCUAUCCAAAUCAGUUUCAAUAUCCAGACUUUCAGUCUCGUUUCGAGCCGAGACGAGACUUUGGCGGUCCACGACGAGAAUUCGGUGGUCCAAGAAGUGGACAACCGAACGGUUUCGUGAACAAAAAUUUAUACGACAAAAAUAUGCCGCCCCGGUUCAAUUCGUACCAGAAGCCUGAAUUGAAAAACGAAUUCAUGACAAAGGAAGACCGUGCUAAAUUGCAAAGUGAGAAGGCGAAAAAUCCAGGAAAGGGUCUCGAAGCACCGAAAUGGGACAAAUUGGAUCCGUUUGAAAAGAAUUUCUAUGUACCUCAUGCGAAUGCGGUGACUCGAACUGAAGAAGAGAUCGCUGAUUUUAGAAAGAAAUUGGAGAUCACCGUAAUGGGUAGUAGUGUUCCGCAACCGACACAACAAUUGGAAGAAUCGAAUUUUCCCGAAUCAGUUAUGAUUGAAAUGAAAAAGCAAGGUUUUACGACGCCAACUUCCAUCCAAGCUCAAGGCUGGCCAAUUGCUUUAAGUGGCCGUGAUAUGGUUGGUAUCGCACAGACUGGAUCGGGAAAAACAUUAGCAUAUAUGCUACCGGCUAUUGUCCACAUUCAAAAUCAGCCUCGUUUACAACGCGGUGAUGGACCGAUUGUAUUGGUGUUAGCACCAACAAGAGAAUUAGCCCAACAGAUACAAGCUGUAACACAUGACUAUGGCCUUAAUUCGAAUCCCCUCAUUAGGCACACAUGCAUUUUUGGUGGUUCGCCAAAAGGUCCCCAAGCUAGGGAUUUAGAUCGCGGUGUUGAGGUUAUUAUUGCAACACCGGGACGUUUGAUCGAUUUUCUUGAACGUGGAGUGACCAACUUACGACGAUGCACAUACCUUGUACUCGACGAAGCUGAUCGUAUGCUUGAUAUGGGAUUCGAGCCACAGAUUCGGAAAAUCAUUGAACAAAUUCGACCAGACAGACAAGUGCUUAUGUGGUCAGCUACUUGGCCCAAGGAAGUGCAGACUCUGGCCGAAGAUUUCCUUAACGAGUACAUUCAAAUAAACAUUGGUUCGCUAAACCUGGCGGCCAAUCAUAACAUUCGUCAAUUUAUUGAGAUCUGCCAGGAGGAGGAGAAGGAAGGUAGAAUCAUCAAUUUGCUGCGCGAAAUUGCUGCCGAUCGAACAAACAAAAUCAUCGUUUUUGUUGAAACCAAGAAGAAAGUCGAGGACAUAUUGAAAAGCAUUCGCCAGGAAGGAUUUGCCGCAACCUCGAUUCAUGGAGACAAAUCCCAACCUGAAAGAGAUUUUGUGUUAACCGAUUUUCGAACGGGCAAAUCGUCAAUACUUAUUGCAACAGAUGUAGCUGCCCGUGGCUUGGACGUUGAAGAUGUAAAGUUCGUAAUCAAUUAUGACUACCCCAAUUCAUCCGAAGAUUAUAUACAUCGUAUUGGACGAACUGGACGUUGCCAGCAAUCAGGUACAGCCUACACAUUUUUCACCCCAGGAAAUGCUAGGCAGGCACGCGAAUUGGUGAGCGUUUUGGAAGAAGCUGGUCAGCAUCCUUCAGGUGAUCUGUUAGAAAUGGCUCGCUUGACCGGUGGUGGAAAAGGUCGUAACCGCUGGCCGACUCGUGCCAAUCCUGUGCCAAUGGGUAAUCCAAUGAAAAAUUCAUUUAACAACUACGGUAACAAUCAAUCCGGUAAAGUUAUGUACCCGAAAAACAAUUGGCAAGUGCGGCCGGACGGAGCCAAUUCGGGGAAUGCAAACGAUAAGCCAGCCCAUUGGAAGCAUCCACAACAAAACCGACAAGUUAACGAUGGCAGUUUCAACACAUGGAGGAAUUCGGAUAGUGAUCGCAAUUUCACGAAACCUAAUCUGGGUCCAAGGUUCCAACAGUACGACAAUAACAACGUUGAUAUGCAACAAAUGCAAUAUCGUCAGCCUCGACCAAACUAUCAAGGUCGAAACAAUUUCGUUAGAGCUCCGAAUUCAUUCAACAUGAAUCAACAACAAGGCGGAUAUCAGGGAAAUCGACCAUUUUACCAAUCACGUACACACAAUCCACAGAACCGACCAUACAAUCCAAGCUAUCAACGCAAUCAAUACCAUCAAAGUGGUGACCAGGUGAGCGGCGAGUCGUCGCCGAACAAUCAAAUCGAUUGUUACACUGGUCCAGCCAAUGGUGACGAGAUUGCAUCCAACGCAUAUCCAAUGAAUGGUGCCGCUUAUCCAGCAGCCAAUUCUCCGCAAUCUGCUCCAAUGUAUGCAACUGGUCCUCCUCCUUCGACUGCCCAGUACAUGGUUGACGCAGGCGUUCAAAACAUUAUUGGAAGUCGAUUCUUCCAAGGUUCGCGUGGGAUCCCAUCGGGACAGAUGCCACCACCACAACAAAGUAAUCCGUGUGGUUAUCAAAAUAUGCCUGCUGCACCAUCGGGUCCUUAUGGACAGUACCCAUCACCAUAUUAUCCAUACACUCCACCAGCAGCAGCUGUUCAACAGUAAGCGUGCGUUAAUCGUAAUUUCAAAUUUAUUAUUAUAAUCAAUUAUUUAGUUCUUAUUAUUACGAAGAAGAGAAAAAAUUUAAUAAAAAAAAGAGAGAAGAGAAGUUCUUACACUAAUUAACCCUUAUAAAUACCAAUCACCAAUAUGAAUGUAUACACAGUAUUUCUAUAUAAAAAAAAUGUAAAUGAUUAACGACUUAAAUCAAUGAGGAAAUAAUUACGAUCACAAAGUAGAUAAGAGAAAAAAACCAUCCACACGAAAAUAUAUACAAUUCCCGUAAAACAAAUCAAGCAAUACACAUAAAUUGAUCGGAAAUGAAAAGCUUACCGACACAAAGAAAGAGAAUGAAUCAGAGAAAUUGUUUUUUUAAAACAAAAAUCUGUGAUUGAACGUGUACACAUCGUCUGUUACCCCCGUUCAAAGUGUCAAAGUAAAAAACAUUUUUUAUUUUAAAUAAAAACAGAGAAAAAGGUAUUGUUUGUGCCGAAGGAACUAUUCAAAUCAUACCGAAUACCCGUUUUGUUCAGAUUAUGUCGUUUGUUAAUGUGUAAAAUUCAUUAUUUUAAUCAAAAGUUCAAUUCUGUUACUUUUUGUACAACGACGUAAAUUUGUAUCGACAACAACGUGUAUAUCUUUAUAUUUGACCGAAUAUUUAUUUAUUUUCAUUUUGUUGUUGUUUUUCAAUUAACUUGAAAUUAAUAAUUCUCCGUGUACGUGUGUGGUGAUUUGUACAACUCACUUCUGUUUGAAUUUUGUUGAUCUCGAAAAAGUAAAAGUUAAAAUUUAAGAAACGUAAAUUAGGAGUGUUGACAGGCAUUGGAAUAUUUAAUUUUGUUUUAGAUUAUUUUUGGAAAUAUUUUUCCUUCGCUAUACGACGCGUGUCUCUGUUAAAAUAUUUUAUUUCAAAACAGCCAAAAAAAUGACAAUUUCAUUUGAUGAAAGAAGUUAAACCGAAGAAUUGUCUGCAGAAAUUGUUGCAUUAAUCAUAUUUAAGUUUACAUUUUAAACAGGCAGAAAUGCAACAUCUCACAAACUGAAAUAUUUAUGUUAACAAAGAAGUUUCUGCAUCGAAAAAUUGAGGUCAAUUAUCGACAAAUUUCCUAACGCGUUGUCGUAUUUAAAUAAAAUUCAGUCAACAAUGUCUCGCUUAUUUACGUGUUCAAAAUCAAUUGUAAUAUUUCCUCAUUAACAAUUUUUGAAUUAAUCAUUUUCCUAAUCGUAAUAAUUAUAAUUGCUUUGUUGUUAGAAUCUAGAAAUUUUCAAAAAAAAAUCAAUUUUCCGAAUACAAAAUUAUAAUUUAAAAUUUAUUGUAAAUAUUAAUUCCUUUGGAUUUAUUAAUUAUUAUUAAAAACCUAAAUAAUUGAGAAUGAUUUAGAAGAACAAGCAAAAUGACAUUUUAUUUUUCAAGUAAAAGAAAAACGGAGAAAAAACGAAUUAACAAAAAAAAUCCAUUUAUUUCUGAAUGGCUCGGUGCAGUGAAUAUAAAUAAUCGUAUAAACAUACUUUCAUGAUAUGAGUAAAUGAUGUGACUUGAUAAAAAUGCAAAUGAUAAACAAAAACAAAUGAAUUUACCAUUUAAAAUGAAUUUUAAUUCCGAAUCACAAUUUUCUUAAAAUUAAAAGAAGAAGAAAAAAACAAAAUUAAUAAAUGCAGUGGAGCGAAGCUUAAAACAAACAAUAAAACGCAAAAUUUUAAAAAUAUUUCUUUUCUUAGUUUCUCGUCUGUGUGACUUUAUUAAAAAAAGGAAAAAUUAAAUGAAAAGUGGAAUACAAAAUGUUAACAAACUUUUAGUUUUCAACAUAUAUAAGUGCAUUAGUAAUAUAUAUAGAUCAUGUAAGGUUAACAACUUUUUUUUUGUUCAGUUCAAUUCCUAUAAAAAAUUUUUGUUUUUAAUUGUUCGUUUCGAUUAGAUUACACUCUUUUUAAAAUGACAAAAUGAUAAGCUCUAACAGUGAAUGGUCCUAAUUACUAUAAAA